AUGCCGCGGCCGCCGCGACCGAGGACGCCGCGCCGUCGCCAUCGCGCGCGCGCGAGAGUCAGAACCGGAAGAGAGUGGGACCGAGCGUACCGCGCGCGGACGCGCGCCGCGCGCCGCGGGUUCGCGACGAAGGUCCCGGUGAAAGACGAGCCCCUGCCGACGAUCGAGGAGGAAGAGAUGGAAGUCUUAGAGGACGACGACGACGACGACGACGACGACGACGACGACGAAGUCCUUAAGAAACGGCGUUCACCACGCGAACGCGGUCGUAUGGGGACCAGUCACGACGACGACGACGACGAAGUCGACUCGAAGGAGGCGCACGUCAGCGAAUACCUCGCCGAGGAGCUCGAAGCCGAGGAGGAUAACUUCGCCGUGGGCGGCCUCACCGGCCCCGCGCACCUCGAGAGCAAGGCAGUGGGACUCAGGAGCGAAGCCGACGGCCUGGAGAACACCGCGACGGCGCUCAGGGAAGGGUACGCGCGUCGUCAACGCAUGAAGGUAACGCUACGCGAUGGCGUUCAAGGCCUCUACAAUUUUAAACGUCGAGGCUCACGUAACUCGUUUCACUUGCAGGUGCGCGAGUUGGAAGAGAGGGCGUUGGCGCUGCGGGAGAAAGCGAAGGAGCUGGACGCGCAGGCGCUCGCGCUGCGCGAAAUCGCGAACGGCGGACUGUGA